AUGGCCAGUGAUGCGCCGGGCAGUAAUGGAGGUGUCAAGGCCGAGGCCGACACGUCAGUUGCCGCGAUUGCGACCGACGUCGAGAUGGCUCCUCCGCCUCCUGUAGAGCCAACCGCGACUGCAACAGCAGAAGCUCCCGAAACAAUCGACAAGGAGAAAGGGAAGGAGACUCCAACAGCGCCAGGCAGAGAUACCCGCACCAGACGCGCUUCCGCCGCCGCCGCCUCCAAUCAGCCGAGCACGCCAGCACCUAUAACCCGCCGAACGCGCCGCAAGAAGGACGAGGCCGAGCAGGAGAAGGAGAAGGAGAAGGAGAAGGAGAAGGAGAAGGAGAAGGAGAAGGAGAAGGAGAAGGAAAAGGAAAAGGAAAAGGAGAAAGAAAAGGAGAAAGAGAAAGAGAAGGAAAAACCGAAAAAGGGCAAGGCCAAGGCCAAGCCAAAGGAAGCAGACAAGGACAAGGCCAAAGACAAAAAGGAGGACAACGAGAGCAAGGAAAAGGCAAAGGACAAGCCCAAAGAAAAGGAAACGAAACCGCGCGCUUCUCGGCGCACUCGGGAAAAGUCCAAUGCCUCUGCUCAGAACACGCCGCAGUCAUCGCGGAAGAAGCCCAAGCUGGAACACCAUGCCGAGCCGCAAAGCGUAAACAGCAAAAACAAGGAUAGCCAGGGCGACAGCGUGGAUAAGAAGGAGGCCACGCCCAGCAAAGUUCCCACGCCAGUCUCAUUAGCUCCAGCUCCAGCUGCAGCUCCGAUUGCAGCUGCUGUCGACGCGUCGCAACAGCAAAAUGCCCCUUCCGCCCCUCCAACACCAGCACCUGCAGUUUCCCAAAACGGAAACCAUGAAGCUAUCCCAACCCCACCUUCUCAUCGCUAUCCUGUUCAAACUCCCGUGCAAACGCCUGUACAGACACCGGCGCCACUCUCAGCACCUUCUACUGCAGUGUCGCCGCACAGGACGUUUGGCACCUCGGCCUUGGCCCAACCACCUGUGUCUGCAGCCUCGACUCCUCCCGGCAUGAUGCAUCCUCAGACUUUGUCUCGUUCUCAUUCUUAUGAAAAUGGCUUGCAGGCACACUCGACACCGACAUAUCAGUCGCCUGCACCUACACAGCCGGCACCGCAGCCGUCCCCACACCGGUCGAGCGGGCGCAAUUACGAUCCCAUCCGCUCCGCUUUUGACAAUCCAGCACCUCCAUCACCGCCUCCGCCAUCGCAUGGCCCAUCUCCUGUCAAGAAUGGUACUGCGCAAUUCAGUCCACCACAACACAACACUGUGUCGCCACGUGGAGGCUACAGGGCAAGCGCAUCACCUGCCAUUGCUAGUAUUAUCGACCCUCCGGCUGCGUCGGCUCCUAUGCAUCAACAAUUGCCCGCCCACCAGACACAGCACCAACCACAGCCUGCUGUCUAUUCUAAUCAUGUACACAGCUACUCGCCAUAUGGAACGAAUAUCUCAUUACACCACUAUGGACAAACACAGCAACCGCAGCAAACACAUGGUCAAAUGACUCACGGGCCCCCAGCUCCUCCACAACCUGCUCAACAACAUCCACAACAGUUGCACCUACAGCAGCCGCCACCUCAACCAGCGGCCCCUCAUCCUCCUCAACAAUUGCCUCCACAGCAAGCCCACCCAGCAGCAUCUCAGCCGCAGUAUUCACCGCCACAGCAAGAACAGUCGGUUCAAGCGGUCCCUCAGCAGAUUACAAAGCCUGCCGAAAAGACAACUCUCCUCCAACAGCCAGUUGCAAUGGAGGUUGAUUCAGAGCCUACGAGUGCCCCGCCUGUAAAGGCUACGAAAGCGUCUAAGAAGGAGAAGGGCACGCCAACAGCCUCAAGCGCACCGUCUCCGAAGCCAGCACGUGCAGCGAAGGAUGCCCCUCCUCCUUUGCCACAGGGAUCUGGUCUCAUUACAGGUGCACUGUUUGGAGUGGAUGACAGCUCAUCUGGGGCGUCAAAGUCUACACCCAACAUUGUCUUGCACGUGCCACUUGCGGGUCAAAACAGUCAGAUCAUCAGUUUUGCACGCUUGGCUGAGGAGAAAUACGGGUUUGCAGCACUACACCCACGACUUGCAGCGCAGAAAGAACGACUGGCUCGGGUAGCUGCAGCGGGAGCGGCUCUAGAGAAGAACGAGAAAGGAGGAGGGGCCCGUGAAAGUGCGGAUGAAGAUCUCAGCGUGGAUAUCGACCGCGAUAGUGAUGUUGAUGGCGACGUGGCCAUGGGUGGGACAGAGUUGACGGGCGCAGAUGAGAAAGGGGAUGGCAAAAAGAAGCGACGCAGGAAGAAAAUGGAGGACUACGAUCGUGACGACCCUUUUGUCGAUGACAGCGAAAUGGUUUGGCAGGAGCAAGCUGCGGCCAGCAAAGACGGCUUCUUCGUGUACAGUGGACCUCUUAUUGCUGAAGGCGAGAAGAUCCAAGUCGAAAGAGCGGAUGGGACGAUCAAACGCGGGCGUGGUCGUGGCCGUGGUGGCGUGAGGAGAGGCGGUGGACAUCUUCAUGUUCCUAUUGCGUCGAAUAUCCCGAUCUCGCCAGACACCGGACUGCCCGUUCGUGGGCCAGGCUCUCGCGGCGGAAGCUUGACUCGCAAGCCACGAAGCAACAAAGCACGACAGCAGCAGGCAGAGGACAAGCAGGAUAUACGCAUGGUCAACAUCUCGCAAGAUGGCCGUGGACGAGGCGGCGGUGGUCGCGGUGGCGGCGUCAGUGGCAGCACGACCAGCAAUCGCGGUGGCAAGCCAGCUACAGCAGCGACUCCAGCAUUGCCUCUGGCGCCUGCUCCAGCCCCAGCGGCACCCCAGCUUGCACCAGCGCCAGCGCCAGGGCCGAUGCCAAACCCGAGCAUGAUCAUCCGGUAG